CUAUUUAAGCUUUAUCGGUGAAAUCAUUCUCGACAUGAUACCUAUAAUACAUAUUUAGCUCUUAUCUUUUACCCUCUUAAAUCUUCCCCUACCUUAGAUCUCUAUACCUCAUUCCUAGCCAGCCUUACUCCGGACUAUUAAACAAAUGGCGCCAUCCAUUGUCUAUCUGCCAGACGGCCAGAGCUUCACGGUUCAGCCUGUUUUCUCUGGCCUAUUCUUCAAAUCCAACGAGCUGAAUAACCACCAAGCGCCUUUCCCCGCAGGCUGGACAGUUGUACUACACAGCGAAGAUAACCCGGAAGACCACCUACACAAUCUUACUCUCGAAGAUGAUGCGAAUGAGUCGCGCUCUAGAAAGAGCCAUAUUCAUAAAUACAGCAAGCCAACAUUGCAAAAUGACACUAUCUUCAUAUCGUCUAUCUCGAAUCCCUCAAGUAGCGAGUACAAGCCGCAUGCCAGCCAGUCGCGACAAAUAGCUAUGAUGCUUUGGGUUUCACUUUACUGGUACUUUCAACAACCCGAACCGUCGCCGUACGUGGAAACCGAACAGUCGAAAUAUGCCCCUCCGGAUGCGAAACCGAGAGGCGACUGGCGCAUUAGAAUUAAGCGCGAUGGAGUCUUGCGCACGCGGAAUAUGAUACCAAAGCUCGAGAGGAUGGGCUUAAUAACGAGCUUAGAUUCAGCUGUCGGAGAAAGCUCUAGCGAGAACAAUCGCGGGUGGGAUCGCAUGUUUGUUACCCGACGCAUGUUCUGGCAAAUACACUGCGGCCUAUUCCUUUUCACCCUACAGCCGGUGAAGCACAACUCUUCGUAUCCCGGAUCCCCCAACAAUAGUCGCCCUACUUCUCCAGUUAGAAGCGACUCAAGCCAUUUAGCAUCACUCUCCAACCACUUGACGCCCGAGACGCCUGGCUCCCCUAUCGGACCAUAUUAUUCAUCCUCCCACUUGCCGACCUACUACCCGCCAGCGCCAUUGCAGUACAUUAUAACGAACAACGUCCGGCAUCCGCUGCGCCAAAAGCCCCCACACAUGGGCGAAGUCUUCUACACGCGAUUUGUACCUAGCGUUGGAAAGUAUCUUUCAUUCCGUGUUGCAUCCCUCUCGCCAAAACCGGUUCCCUGUACUUCGCCUGUCGGACCAAACGAGAGGGAGAGUACCCACUUGAACACAUUAUCCGAUUGCUCACUCCUUCAGAUGUGGCUGGCCAACCCGAGGGUGUCGGCUUUCUGGGGUGGAUAUCAGCCUAACUUCCUCUCAAAUGCCCUUCAGUCUCGCCACUCAUUUCCAGCUAUCGCAAUGUGGGAUGGCGUUCCUUUUGGGUAUUUCGAAAUCUAUUGGGUAAAAGAAGAUACCCUCGGGCGAUACAUGGGAAACGACGCGCAAGAUUUUGAUAGAGGCGUCCACGUGUUGAUCGGGGAGGAAUGGGCUCGGGGUAAGGUACAGCAAUGGCUUUCGAGCCUGAUCCAAUGGUGCUGGCAGGCGGACUAUCGGACGAUGAAUAUCUACCUUGAACCUAGAGUAGAUAACACGAAGUGGGUUAAAUCACGACAUCCAAUUCUUCGGUUGGUAUUAAUGUCUAUUUAUAGAUUCAUCCAUCAUCUCCAAACUGCAGGUUUCUCGAAAGAACGGGAAAUAUCCUUCCCGCACAAGCGAGCAUGGCUUUGCCAUUUGAGAAGGGAUGCAUGGGACGGACCGGCCAUGUGAGAACGGAGAAAUCGGUUUAUAACGCCGACUUCAUUUCACCUGCAUCCCGUGGCGCAAUCAUUAUACCUGGAAAAUACGAGCGAGCGGCGCCCAUUCUUACACGAGGGGCGCUGAUGCAUAUGCAUUAGGGGAUAGCGAAGGU